AUGUCUAACAUCACUGUCGUAACCCGUGGAUUAGCUCCCUUCGACCUCUACCCGUACAACCCAUCUGCAACGGCAGCAUGGACCUUCCUGGUACUCUUCGCGAUAGUUGGAGUGGUUCAUAUAGUCUAUAUGUUUAUUCUUCGCGCCUGGUUCGCGAUGCCGCUUAUUCUGGGAUGCGUUGGUGAAGCUUUCGGCUACUACGGACGCGCUCAGUCUCACGACAACAUCCGCAAUGGCGGCAUGUACCUCAUCCAAUUGAUGCUCCUCCUCGCCGCACCACCCUUCCUCGCCGCUACAAUCUACAUGUCACUGGGUCGAAUCAUUCGCAGUCUCGAAGGCGAGCGUCACGCCAUGAUACGUGUCACUUGGCUCACGAAGAUCUACGUUGUGGUAGAUAUAGCCUGCUUCGUCUGUCAGAUGGCAGGAUCUGCUAUGCAAUCCAGCGGUGAUCCGGCAGGCACCAAGCUGGGUAUCAACAUCGUUCUCGGCGGUCUCGGCUUCCAGAUCUUCGCUUUUGUCAUUUUCGUCCUCAUGGCUUGCCGCUUCCACUACAGACUGAACAGAGAGCCAACCUGGAUCUCCAGAGAGCCCUCAAUCAGAUGGAGGCGUUGCAUGUGGGUUCUCUACGCCACAAGUUUGCUGGUCCUGGUCAGAAACUUCUAUCGAAUUGUUGAGUUUGGAGCUGGCAGUGACAGUGCGGUCUACAAGAGCGAGGUCUAUUUGUAUGUUCUUGAUGGAAGCUUGAUGUGGCUCUUGGUUUUGUUCCUCAUCAUUGUUCAUCCUGGAGCUCUGUUUCGCGCUGCAAGGCGGCUGAAGAAGCUCGGGGGCAUGUCUUCCGAGGAAGACGAAGAAGCAAUCUCAUUGACCGACCGGAAGUGAGUUGAGGACAACUUUCUUGUGGUUACCGGGAGUCAUUUAGGAUUUGGAUACGGCGGAGGUCUUGAAAGCCAAGGAUAGAAGUAGGAUUUGCUGAACAAUGGGCACGCUCAAUUCGAAUCGGCAU